CUCUACCAAUCUCCGAGCACAUCUCGUCUCUUCCUUUCUCCGUAUUCUGUAUCCACCAUGGAUCCAAGUGGUGCCGCGUCCCAGAACCCAGAUGAUAUUUCGACCGCUAUCUUGCGGCCCAAGAAGUCGCCUAACCGACUCAUUGUCGAUGAAGCGACAUCUGAUGACAACUCUGUCGCUACCUUGAACCCAGUGACUAUGGAGGCUCUUCAGCUCUUCCGCGGUGAUACCAUCAUCGUCAGGGGCAAGAAGCGGAGAGACACCGUCCUCAUUUGUUUGAGCUCCGACGACGUUGAAGAAGGGCGUAUCCAAAUCAACAAGGUUGCCCGGAAUAACCUCCGUGUCAAGUUGGCCGACCUCGUCAAUGUGCACCAAUGCCUUGACAUCAAGUACGGCAAGCGCAUACAUGUACUGCCCUUCGACGAUUCCGUGGAGGGCCUUAGUGGCAAUAUCUUUGAUGUCUACCUGAAGCCUUAUUUCCUUGAGGCCUACCGACCCGUGCGCAAGGGCGACACCUUCCUCGUCCGCGGUGGCAUGAGAACCGUUGAGUUCAAGGUCAUGGAGACCGAUCCGGCAGAAUAUUGUAUUGUCGCGCAGGACACGGUCAUCCAUACAGAGGGUGACCCUGUCAAGCGUGAAGACGAGGAGGCCAACCUCAGUGAUGUUGGUUAUGAUGACAUCGGUGGUUGCCGCAAACAAAUGGCACAAAUUCGUGAACUCGUCGAGUUACCGCUUCGGCAUCCACAGCUUUUCAAGUCGAUUGGUAUCAAGCCCCCUCGCGGUAUUCUGAUGUACGGUCCUCCUGGUACGGGUAAGACGCUCAUGGCUCGCGCUGUGGCCAACGAGACUGGCGCGUUCUUCUUCUUGAUCAACGGCCCCGAAAUCAUGAGUAAGAUGGCCGGUGAGAGUGAGAGUAACUUGCGAAAAGCAUUUGAAGAGGCGGAAAAGAACUCCCCUGCUAUCAUCUUCAUUGAUGAAAUCGACUCGAUUGCCCCAAAGCGUGAAAAAACGAACGGAGAAGUCGAGCGUCGUGUUGUAUCGCAAUUGCUGACCUUGAUGGACGGUCUCAAGGCUCGUUCGAACGUAGUCGUUAUGGCCGCCACUAACCGACCGAACUCCAUCGACCCCGCUUUGCGUCGAUUCGGCCGAUUCGAUCGUGAAGUUGAUAUUGGUAUCCCUGAUCCCACUGGACGCCUGGAGAUUCUCCGCAUCCACACGAAGAACAUGAAAUUAGGGGAUGAUGUCGAUCUCGAGCAGAUCGCUGCGGAUACGCACGGUUAUGUUGGUUCUGAUCUGGCUGCGCUCUGUUCAGAAGCGGCCAUGCAGCAGAUCCGUGAGAAGAUGGAUCUCAUUGAUCUGGAUGAGGACACCAUUGAUGCUGAAGUGCUCGACUCGCUCGGUGUCACUAUGGAGAACUUCCGAUUCGCUCUUGGUACUUCCAACCCAUCUGCCCUGCGCGAGACUGUUGUCGAAGUACCUACUGUCAAGUGGGACGAUGUCGGUGGUUUGGACAAGGUCAAGCAGGAGCUCCAGGAAACUGUACAAUACCCUGUCGAACAUCCCGAGAAGUUCAUCAAGUACGGUAUGCAGCCGUCGAAGGGUGUGUUAUUCUACGGUCCUCCUGGUACUGGUAAGACCCUUCUCGCGAAGGCAAUUGCAAACGAGACACAGGCGAACUUUAUCUCGAUCAAGGGUCCCGAACUGCUUACCAUGUGGUUCGGUGAGUCUGAAGCGAAUGUUCGAGAUGUCUUCGACAAGGCCCGUGCUGCCGCCCCCUGUGUGAUGUUCUUCGAUGAGUUGGACUCUAUUGCUAAGGCCCGUGGGGGCUCCUCUGGCGAUGCUGGUGGUGCGGGUGACCGUGUCUUGAACCAGAUUUUGACUGAGAUGGACGGCAUGAAUGCGAAGAAAAAUGUGUUCAUCAUUGGGGCCACGAACCGACCGGACCAGAUUGACCCCGCGCUCCUCCGUCCUGGUCGUCUCGACCAGCUCAUCUACAUCCCUCUCCCCGACGAGCCUUCUCGUUUGUCCAUCCUUCGUGCCGCACUCCGCAAGUCUCCGAUUGAUCCUGGAGUUGACCUCCCUUUCCUCUCGAAGAACACGCAUGGCUUCUCUGGUGCCGACUUGACGGAAAUUUGUCAGCGUGCGGCAAAACUUGCGAUUCGGGAGAGUAUCGAGUCCGACAUCCGCCGGACAAGGGAAAAGAAGGAGAAGGAGGAAGCUGCUGGUGAUGAUGCAAAGAUGGAGGAGGACGAAGAAGAGGAAGAUCCUGUCCCCGUCAUCACUAAAGAGCACUUCGAGGAAGCGAUGAAGUAUGCUCGUCGUUCAGUGUCCGACGGCGAUAUCAGGCGUUACGAGAUGUUCGCACAGAACUUACAACAAUCCCGAUCGUUCGGCUCGAACUUCAAAUUCCCAGAGAGUGGGUCAGCUUCUGCGGACGGCUCAUCUGCUGCACAGAGCAGUGGCAACGCUGCAUUCGUGGAAGAUACACAGGACGAUGACUUGUACGCCUAAUGAUGAUUUGCUACCACUUUCGCACCCCAUUUUCUGUUCUCUACUUGUGUCCCAAAUCUUGUUUUCGUCUAGUCGGCAUGCAACGAUAGAAACUUCGUGUAUUUUCUGUAAACUCAAAGAUCGCUCAUUGAUGUGUUCGAAGUGCAAGUUUUUCAUUAACAGUCUGGCCUCCAAUGCGACCGGCACGUAUGGAAAAGUGUGUCCUAUGACAUGUACAUGUGGGGGAGAUUUAACGAAAUUUGACUAAGUCUUAUUGCUCUUAGCAUCCC